UCACCUGUCAUGCCAAGGCUCACUUCGCAAUCGCCGUGCUUAUUUAUUUUGUUGAGGUUAUGAACUUGUUGUUCUUCUGAUCUUAACAAAUAUUUAUUAAUUUCGUUGGAAGAAAAGUUAUCCGCUAAAAUGGUGAAGAAGAAAAUCGACAACCGUAUAAGGAUCAUGAUAGAAAACGGUGUGAAAUUGGGGCAUCGUACCAUGUUUUUACUUGUAGGAGAUAAAAGCAGGGAUCAGGUUCCCAUAUUAUAUGAUAUGCUAGUGAAAUCCACAGUGAAAGCAAGGCCUACAGUGUUAUGGUGCUACAAAAAUAAAGAUGAAGCCAUCAGCAAUCAUGGAAGAAAAAGGGCUAAGAAAAUAGCUGCAGGAAAGUUAGAGGUGUCAGAGGAGUCAUUGUUUGAUGCUUUCCGAGUAGCAACUACUAUACAUGGACGGUAUUAUUCCGAGAGUCAUGCUAUGCUAGGACAGACAUAUGGAGUGUGUGUUUUACAGGACUUUGAAGCUCUAACUCCUAACCUCAUGGCGCGCACAAUAGAAACAGUUGAAGGUGGUGGUCUUAUAAUUUUCCUGCUCAAGACCAUGGACUCGCUGAGGCAACUUCACUCCAUCACCAUGGAUGUCCAUUCUAGAUUCAAGACAGAAGCCCACGACACAGUGGUGAAUAGAUUCAACGAGAGAUUUCUAUUGUCUCUGGCAGACAACCCUCGCUGUCUGAUCCUCGAUGACAACCUCACAGUGCUGCCUAUAUCCUCCAAGACUGCACAAGUGGAGCCCGUGGACAAUGUUCCAGAGCGAGUGAAUCCCAAGCUGACAGAACUAGUGUCGUCUCUUUCCGACACGCCGCCAGCAGGACCGUUAGUCGCUCUCUGUCGCACUUACGACCAGGCGACGGCGCUAGUCGCGAUUAUCAACACGCUUGCUGAUAAGCAAAGCAGGCCCCCCCACUGCCUCACUGCCGCCAGAGGUCGAGGCAAGUCAGCCUGCCUCGGCCUCGCCGUAGCCGCCUCAGUGGCACUGGGCUAUGUCAACAUCUACGUAACAUCUCCACAUCCAGAAAACUUGAUUACCCUCUUCGAGUUCGUGCUCAAAGGUCUAGACGCCUGUCUGUAUCAGGAACAUAUAGAUUACAAUAUUGUGAGGUCAACGAACCCGGAUUUCAAGAAGGCCAUAGUCAGGAUUAAUAUUUCGAGGAAUUCUAGGCAGACUGUUCAGUACAUAACCCCGGACGAUCACUCGCUCCUAUCAGCCGCGGAUCUCGUGCUGGUGGACGAGGCGGCCGCCAUCCCGCUGGCGCACGUGAGCGCCGCCGCGACGCUGGCGCCGCUCGCGCUGCUGGCGUCCACCGUGGCGGGCUACGAGGGCACGGGCCGCGCGCUGGCGCUGAAGCUGUUCGCCCGGCUGCAGGGCCAGCACCGCGCCCCGCCGCCCAUAAAACUUGAGGAGCCCAUCCGUUACCGCACUGGAGACCCGGUAGAGGGCUGGCUGAAUUCCCUGCUUUGUUUGGAAGCGCCUGCGCCGUCAAUAGGUGUGGGCGCGCCUCCCCCCGCUGCCUGCGAGUUGUACCGCGUGAACAGAGACGCUUUAUUCUGUUACCACAAGGCGGCUGAAGCUUUCCUACAAAGAUUGGUGGCUAUUCUUGUCGCCAGCCAUUAUAAGAACAGCCCCAACGACAUCCAGCUGCUGGCGGAUGCGCCGGCGCACUGCCUUUUCGUGUUACUGGCGCCCGCACCGCGCGCCGCCGCGCUGCCGGAAGUGCUGUGCGUGCUGCAGCUGUGUCUCGAGGGGGACAUUUCCGACAGGUCAGUGACAGACAGCUUGGGCCGCGGCCGCAAAGCUGCCGGCGACCUCAUCCCGUGGAACAUUUGCGAGCAGUACGGUGACCGAGACUUCCCCAAAUUGUCCGGAGCAAGGAUCGUCAGGAUAGCAACGCAUCCCUCUUACCAGCGGAUGGGCUACGGAAAAAGGGCAUUGCAACAGCUAGCCGCCUACUACAGCGGCGACAUUCCGUGUCUGGACGAGACGCCAUCUGACGGCGAGAAUGCGAAACCUAGUAACGGGACGCUGCAAACUGAAAGCAUAGUACCAAGGGCAAAACCCCCAACACUACUAAAACGGUUAUCAGAAAUGAGAGCUGAACACUUGGACUACAUCGGGACUAGUUUUGGACUUACAGAAGAAUUGCUCAAGUUUUGGAAGUCACAGAAAUAUGUGCCAGUUUAUUUAAGUCAGAAAACUAACGACUUAACCGGCGAACACUCGUGCAUAAUGCUGCGCUCGAUGCACGGCGCUCCCUGGCUCGCCGCCUACAGCGCCGACUUCAGGCAGCGCUUCUCCCGACUGCUGGCCAGGGCGCUGAGGAAGCUGCCAGCCUCCUUGGCACUGUCCACGCUGGUCAACGACAACGUGGCUGUCGAUAAACCUGUGCUUACCAAGGAGCUAAUCUCGCAAUACCUAUCCGCCCAUGACCAGGCACGAGUGGAGUCUUAUUGUCGCCAACAAGCGGACUAUAGACUCAUCACAGACUUACUACUGCCUCUAGCGCAAAUAGUCUUUCAUACUAAGACUAGCAUCAGAUUGGAUGCCGUGCAACAGGUCAUAUUCAUAGCCAUGGGCUUCCAAAUGAAGGACGUCGACGACAUAUCAUCUGAACUAGGUCUACCCGGCUCUCAAAUCCUGGCGAAGUUCUACGAAGCGUGCAAGAAGAUUAAUGUUGCUAUCAACGCCGUUCUAGAAGAUUCCGUCGCGAAGGAAAUUGGUAUUGAAGGGAAAACGGCGGAUGUGAGCGCCGGAGUCGUCAAACAGAGUCUCAAUGAGGAGUUGUCUAAAGCGGCUAAAGAAUUGGAAAGGAAACAGCGCAAGGAGUUGUCCCGGCUGAUGGGGGAGGAUCUAGCUCAAUACCGCAUCAAGGGGGGGGACAUGGAGUGGGGGCAAGCACUGGCGGGCUCCAAGCAGAAACAUCUCGUUUCUGUCAAGAGCGGCGAGAAACGGCUAGGUGACGACAGCAAAGAAAUCGACGAUCUGAUAGAAGCGCACAACAAUAAGGCUAAGAAGAAAAAGAAACAUACGCGACAUUAGUCAAUAAACUUGUUAUAU